AUGGCUUGGUCGGCGGCACUGGUGCCUAUUGCCCUGGUUUCGUUUACCAUGCUGGUCCUCACGGUGCGUGGGAAAGAGACAUGUGCACCUCAAGAGGCAGGGAGCACUGCGCUGUUGCACGUGCAGUUGUCCCAUCACUCCAGGAUUCGGGUGGAGGAGGAUCAAUUGUCAAGCAACAGUUCAAACGACACGGCAAGCAGGGGCAACCAUUCUACCAACACCACACAAGCUUCCUUGAACAUCAUUGCAGCAGUGGAUGCUUGUCUGGAGCCACGUAGGCAAGCAGCUGCUGGCGACCCUGCCACUCUUGAUCGCUUGGAGUUCGUGCGUGUAGCCGAGAUACUAUCUAGGCUGGUUCGUGCGAACUUGAGUGUCACGGUUCUGGGUGAUGGCUACUCUGAUGACGCCGAAAUGAUAUCUGCGGCACAGAUGGCAGGACACGAUGCUGCCGAAGUGCUGGUAAGGCAAGAGUUUGAGGCAGAGACCAUGGAAGCUCUCUCUGGCCAUAACUUGAGCCACCAUGCCAUUGAGCACUUCACAAAGAAGAUUGCCAAAAUGGUGCACAUGUGCUCCAACGGCACCGUGGCAAAUGAAACCUCCAUUACCUCAAUUGAGAGCGUUAUCCUGAACUCUGCUGAGUCUGGCCACAUGUUGUUUGAGGAGGCAGAAGUGGCCAUGGACAUCGCCUUGUAUGUUCAGGGCCUUUGCCAAUCCGAAGUUCUGGAUAUCGAUUUCUUCGUGGGCAGCUUUGGAGAUAACACGUCGGAGUGCAACGCGCUGAUGCUCGCAUCCACAUCCGUUCAUGUCAACAAGCAGUUGUCCAAGUUUGACUACUAUGCCAAGAGUGCUUUGGUGCUACAUGAUGAGCACAACAACCUUGCGCAUCAUUUCGCCCAACAACUCCACCCAGCCACUCGGUCCACCAUCGCGGCUGUCUCGAUGGAGACGUUGAUCCAUAACGCCAGCAUGUUCCAUGCGGAGAACCGUGCGAGGAUGGCCCGACUUCGAUACCUUGAUCGCACCUAUUACGAGAAGGCCCAUGGGCAGUCUAUGGACAAGUACUGUGACAUGAAUGCGGAGUUGGCCUCUGCGCAGCCGGAGCAUUGGAUCAUCCAAAGCCCAGAGAUUCAGGCCUAUGCGGAAUGCCUUUGUACCAAGCGAAAGCCGGCGCUUGUUUGCGAUGCCGAGCACUCGGAGCCCCUGGCGAAGAUCCGACCACAGGUCCAGAGGAAGAUGGAGGAGGUGGGGCAGCGAUUCCACUCUUUACUGCAAUUGGACACUGGGACCGGGAAGCCCGUCGGGCUUGGCCCCUGCCAAGAUUCAAAGGGCAAGACGGAGGCCGUGUCUUGCUCCCUCUGUGUGAACGGGAACUGCAUCGAGCCAGGAGGCUCUUCUUUGGAUGUCUUCGCUGCCAUCAAGGAGUUGUUGAACUUCAAGAGCGCUUGCAUGACGGGCACCUGCACACCUUGCAUGGGAGUCAAACCCGGCGACCCAAUUCAGUUCAAGCUAAACCUCGGGGUGGACGGGGCAUGCGGCAACCAAGCAGCGUUGUUCAGCUCGUUCAACUUGUUCGCAUCAGUCGAGAUGUGUAUUGGCGGAGUCCUUGGCGAGGCAGCAGAUACGAUGGGAUGGAGCACUUGCAAGGAAUUGGGCAGUGUAAGCUAUUACCCGUUCAUCAACAAGCUCCACCUGACGAUCAACCUGCCAAUUCCGCUACCCAUGCCUCUGGGUGUGCGAGCCACGUUGUCGGCCAACUUGAACCUUGGCGACUUGACCGGGGCGGUGACCAACUACUGUGGGACCAAAGGUGCAGCGGGGGAGUACCGUUGCCUGAAAGACAUGUACGAUGCCCGUGGGGUUACGAGCAUAGGCCUCAGCGUGGAAGUGCUCAUGGGCAUCAGGGUCCCCCUCCUCGGUGAAAUCGGCAAAUGGGUGCAAGUCCUGUCAUUUGGUUUUGCGGAGAAAGAUAAUUCCAGGAAGCUCGCCAUGAACAAGGCUGGCGUCACAAUCGUCCACAUUGGCCCUUCACCGCAUUCUUCAUACAAGUGCGGCAGGGCUUUCUCUGGCGUCAACUGCGAAGCUCACGCGGGCAGGAAAGGCUAUCGUGUCAACGAGGACUGGCGCGAUGCCAAUGACCAAAUCGGGAUUUGGCGGCCCACAUUGCUUUACCCCAUCACUUCUCGAUCCUUGUGCGUCCGACGCGAAGACGCAGUACAUGACCAACAUGGUUGGGCCAUGAACUUGGAAGUCGCAUGCAGGGUGGACAACUCUAACCUCGGCGUGAUUGUUCCCAUCGGCUCCAGUAGCACUAGAACAAAAUGCGUGCUUCCCGAUGAGCCCGUAAGCUGCAAAAACAAUGCGGGGGACAAAGACCUGCGGAUGGGCUUUGAGGUUGUCAACGACGACUUCUGGAUUUACGGCUCGGGCGAGAGGAUUUGUGCCCGACGCGACGAUCACCACGGAGGCUGGGGCAUGAACUUGCAGCUGGAGUGCGAGCCCACGAACGGCGCUCCCGUGGAUUACACCGUGAGAACUGUCCAUAUCGGCCACAGCUAUGCCAACACCAAAUGCGUUCUGGUACCGCAGACGUAUGAAUGCGAUGCGAGCGCGGGGGAUGAUGCAAAUCGUGUGAACGAUGAUUGCCGCAAUUGCGGAAACAGGUUUUUUGUCAGCGUGAACGGCGGCUGGGUGUGCGCCCGCCGCCUUGAUCAUCACCAAGGUUGGGGCUUGAACCUGCAGAUCCAUUGCAAAGACUUUGGUGUCGCCCGGGAAGUUGUGAGGGUCAACAUCGGAUCAAGCAGCCAUAACAGCAAGUGCGUAACCGCGAGCAAGUCCGUGCUUUGCGCUUCCUGGGCUGGCAAUCAUGGCAUGCGCCUGAACACUGACGGCGGUUGGGGAGAUGCGUUUGCCAUCACUUCAUCUGGCAGCAGAGUCUGUGCGAGACGCACUGACCAGACUGGAGGAUGGGGAAUGAAUUUGCAGAUUGACUGCGAAGCCUAA